AAUAAAGUCAAAUGAAUAUACAAAUAACGAUAACAAAUUUGUGAUUGACAAAUAAUAUGGAAACAUCUAGCUCAGAAAAUACACAAAAACGGUUAUAUUUUCUAUUUGAAAAAUUGCAAGAAAUGGCAAGAACUUUACCUCCAAAUUUUCAGAUGCGGCUUCCUUAUGAGUUGCUAUCUAGUUUAGCAAAUUGUCUUCUUAAUGAUAUGAUUUUUCAAAUAGUUAUAGGUUUAAUGGAAAUUCAACAAGUAACAGAAAAGCAUUUAUAUCAACAACGACAGCAGGUUUUGAAUCAGCAUAAAUUGGACAUCCAUUCAUUAAUCAGGGAUUCAUCAAAUGAGCAGUCAUUUUCUAUACAAUUUUCCGAACUGCUAAAAAAACAAGCCAAAGAAAUUAAAAUUUUAGAUAAUAAUCUUGUAGAGCAAUUGGAUCAGAAAGUAACAGACCAGCAAGAAACUUUAGAGAAAGCAGGUGUUCCAGGUUUCUAUGUCACUAAAAAUCCAACAGAUAUUAAAUUACAAAUGCAUCUUAUUAACUUUAUUCUUAGACUUAGUCAGUGCAAAUGAUAUAUGUAAAAAU